GCUCCAGAAGCCUUCCUUAGUCCUUCUCCUUCUCCUCAGGCCGCCUGGCUCCUUCCUGGCAGUGCCAUGUUGGUGCCAUUAUUCCUGCUCCUGACACUCUCCUCUGAGGGACUGGGUUCCCCUGCUGAAUAGAUCAAGAACUCCAUCCAGAGCUACCUUAUUGCUUACUGAAGCUCUUGCAGAAAGGAAGAAUUUGGGACCGUUUAAGAAUAGAGAUGAUCUUCAAGAAAUUACCGAUUGAGGCAAAGGUUGCUGGGAUUGCUGGAAUUGCCUUCUUCUCCAUGGUAGUUUCACGGACGUACCUGGUUGAAAAGACUGAGGCGAAGAAAUUGAGAUAUCUGCUCAGAUUCCAGAUGUUAUUAUUUACUAAUGCCCUAAUGUUCAUAGGGUCCCUUUACAUAUGGAGACGCCUGGUGACUGUGUUCUACAGAUUGUCAGCCACCAGUUCAUUCUGUUUUGUCUUAUGGAAAACAGUUGUGUUCAUUUUCCUGAUUUUGUCACACUCAAGCUUUUUUACUUUGCUGUUUCUUGUCACAGAGGAGCCUUAUUUAUUCUCUCUAGUUGCUUUCACCUGUCUUGGAAGCUACAUUAUCCUUAUUUUCUUCCUGUUCACCCUAGGGUCUCUGGAACUAGUUUAUAAAUUCUUGAUCCAAAGAGAUACAAAGGCAAUAAUUAAAAAUGGUAAACUGGCCAUGAAACCAGUUUUAGCAGUUACAAUAACAAUUGCAUUAACUAUUCUUGGGCUUUUCAAUGCUUCGCAACCUCCUGCAGUGAAGUCGGUCGCCAUUCCUGUUGACAAACUGCCAUUGUCUAUGGAUAACAUGAAGAUAGUAUUACUUUCUGAUAUUCAUCUGGGGCCGACUGUUGGGAAGACCAAACUUGAAAUGAUUGUGGCAAUGGUUAAAGAUUUAAAACCAGACAUCACUGUCAUUGUUGGUGACCUGACUGAUUCUGAGGUGAAACGUCUUGGAGCAGCUGUGGCACCUCUCGGCAACCUUGAGUCCCCACUGGGGACUUUUUUUGUCACUGGGAACCAUGAGUACUAUACCUGUGAUGUCAACAACUGGUUUGAAUUGCUGAAGUCACUCAAGAUUCAUCCUCUCCACAAUGAGAACGUAAAGAUAAUGUCUCCCAAAAAUAGAGAUACUGAAUGGUUUUGUCUGGCAGGGGUUGACGACAUAGAGGCUAAUGCAUUGCAUUAUCCAGGGCAUGGCAUGGAUUUAAAGAAGGCUUUAGGAGGCUGUAACAGUGAUCAUGCAAUAGUUCUUUUGGCCCACCAGCCUCUUGCUGUCAAAAAGGCUCUUCAAGCUCACCCAGAUAUAAAUUUGAUCUUAUCUGGGCACACUCAUGGAGGGCAGAUAUUUCCUCUUAAUAUUGGUGUCUAUCUCGUGAAUCCCUUCUUCGUUGGUUUGUAUAAAGUUGGACAGAGCUCUUUUGUAUAUGUCAGCCCAGGGACCAUGUACUUUGGAAUACCAAUGAGAUUGGGGAGUAGAGCAGAAAUAACGGAGAUCAUUCUGCGUUCUCCCUCAUCAGUAUAGCAGCUUUGGAAUAUGUUUCUUUCCUUGGGCCUGUGCAGCCAGUCAUCUGGUGUCAAAAAUCAAGUCCCAGAGAUUUAUUUUGAAAGCUGCUGGACAAGUGUUUAGAUUAAAUUGUUUACAUUAAAUUAAAAUUAUUAAUGUCUUGAA